UACAAGAUCCAAAAUCCUGUACGCGGAUAGCAGGUCGGGCGGGCCCAGAGGCUGGGGUACCGCCUCCUCUGCAACGCCGGGGCCGAAUCUUAGAACGGAGGGCCCGCAGGGGUCCCUGCGGCCGCCGCGAUGCAGAAAUACGAGAAACUGGAGAAGAUUGGGGAAGGCACCUAUGGAACAGUGUUCAAGGCCAAAAACCGGGAGACCCAUGAGAUUGUGGCUCUGAAGCGGGUGAGGCUGGAUGAUGACGAUGAGGGUGUACCCAGUUCAGCCCUCAGGGAGAUCUGCCUACUCAAGGAGCUAAAGCACAAGAACAUCGUCAGGCUUCAUGAUGUCCUUCAUAGUGACAAGAAGCUGACUUUGGUUUUUGAGUUCUGUGAUCAGGACCUGAAAAAGUAUUUUGACAGCUGCAAUGGUGACCUCGAUCCUGAAAUUGUGAAGUCAUUCCUCUUCCAGUUGCUGAAAGGCUUGGGAUUUUGUCACAGCCGUAACGUGCUGCACAGGGACUUGAAGCCCCAGAACCUCCUCAUAAACAGGAAUGGGGAGCUGAAAUUGGCUGACUUCGGCUUAGCACGUGCAUUUGGGAUCCCUGUUCGCUGCUACUCUGCUGAGGUAGUCACACUGUGGUACCGUCCACCAGAUGUCCUCUUUGGGGCCAAGCUGUAUUCCACGUCCAUCGACAUGUGGUCAGCUGGCUGCAUCUUCGCAGAACUGGCCAAUGCUGGGCGGCCUCUUUUCCCUGGCAAUGACGUGGAUGACCAACUGAAGAGAAUUUUCCGGUUGCUGGGGACUCCAACUGAGGAACAGUGGCCCGCCAUGACCAAGCUGCCAGACUAUAAGCCCUACCCGAUGUACCCAGCCACAACAUCCCUGGUGAAUGUAGUGCCCAAGCUCAAUGCCACAGGGAGGGACCUACUGCAGAACCUCUUGAAGUGUAAUCCUGUCCAGCGUGUCUCAGCAGAGGAGGCCCUGCAGCACCCCUACUUCUCUGACUUCUGCCCCCCUUAGGCCCUGGGUCCCCUGGCUGCCAGGCUGGGGCCUGGCCUGUUUAAGCCCCAUGAGAGAGGGGAGGACAGGGGUGGGGGUUGCUGAGGUCCAGCUGUGCUGGGCCGAGCCAGGGUGGAGGCACCCUGGCCCGUGGACUUCACUUACUCCACCUGGACUUUAUUUAAUUUUAUAAGCUGGCCCUUUUCCCAGUCUGAUCUGGGGUGGCCGUGAGGGGGGCUGGGAGACUAUGCUGCACCUUAGCAUCCUCUGCAACCCUACUUCUAGCUCAGGCACAGCCAACUGGCCACACCCCACCUCCAGGCUGUAACAGGCCUGAGCCUAGAGGCUAGAGACCUUGACCUUUGACCCGCCUCCUGGGGUCAGGGCAGUGCUACCCCUCACCCCCUUCUGCAUCUGUCCCAUCUGGGAGCAAAGAUGGGCUUCCUCCUGAACAGGGACCAAAGGGCUGGUCUUUCCUUGUGGCUACCCCCGUCUCCCCACUCCCUCCAAAACCUGCAGGAAAGACCCGAAGCUAUGGUUCUACCAGGAACAUCCCUGCUCCCCUCUGCCAGUUUUCCAGUGGUUGCAGCACAACAAAAGAGAGAAAGGGGCCUGAGGCCAAGGUCUGGGGUAUGUUUCCUGGCAGGAGGAGAAGGGAGGGCUCUGCAGCCCCAUCUCAAGCUGGGGCCUUUGACUUGUGGGGAGAUUGGGGAUGCAAGAACUGUUCCCCUGGAAUGCCAGGGAUAUGGCAUUUGGAAGCUGAGGCAGGAGGGAGGACUGCUGAGAGUUUGAGGCCAGCCUGGAUUACAUAAUGAGACCUUGUCUCAAAUAAAAGAAAAAAAAGACUUCCUGUGGAGACA